AUGGAAGCCAUGGGAGAAUGGAGCAACAAUCUCGCAGGAAUGUACACCUACGCAACCGAAGAAGCCGAUUUCAUGAACCAGCUCCUCGCCUCCUACGAUCAUCCCGGCACCGGCUCAUCCUCUGGCACAGCCGGUGGAGACCACCAGGCCAUGUAUUGGAGCCUUGGUUCUCAUCAAAACCACCUUACCCUCAUGCCUGAAGCAAGUAGUUUCUGUUUCUCUCAAGAGAGCAGCAGCUACAGCGCUGGAAACAGCGGGUACUACGCGGUGGCGGUCCCACCCCCGGUUGAAGAGAAUAACAAUGGGCCAAUCGACUUUGGUAUGGAAGAUGUGACAAUCAACACAAACUCUUACCUUGUUGGUGAGGAGACAAGUGAAUGUGAUGUUGAGAAAUACUCAUCUGGAAAGACUGCUCUGCCCUUGGAAACCGUCGUGGAGAACCACGAUGAGGAGGAAAGCAUGUUGCAAUCCGAAAUUUCUGUGACUACUACUGAUCAUCAGAAAUCUCUCACCGGUUCCAAGAAGAGAUCGCGUGCUACAUCAGCUGAAAAAAGAAGAGAAAGAAUAAACGAGAGACUAAGGAUUUUGCAAAACCUCGUCCCUAAUGGAACAAAGGUCGAUAUCAGUACGAUGCUUGAGGAAGCGGUUCAUUACGUCAAAUUUUUGCAGCUCCAAAUUAAGUUAUUGAGCUCCGAUGAUCUAUGGAUGUAUGCGCCGAUUGCUUUCAACGGAAUGGACAUUGGCCUUAACUCACCGAGAUGA